GCGGCGGGGGAGGCUGGCAGGCGGUGCCGGCAGCGCUGGGAGAGCGGCUCCGCGGGGUAGGCGCUCCCGGCGAGAGGUGUCCGCUCCAUGCGUGCGGGCCGAGCCCGGUCCCUGCGAGCCGCCGACAUGAAGAAAGACGUGCGGAUCCUGCUGGUGGGAGAACCUAGAGUUGGGAAGACAUCACUGAUUAUGUCUCUGGUCAGUGAAGAAUUCCCAGAAGAGGUUCCUCCCCGAGCAGAAGAAAUUACCAUUCCAGCAGAUGUCACCCCUGAGAGAGUUCCAACACACAUCGUAGAUUACUCAGAAGCAGAACAGAGUGAUGAACAGCUUCAUCAAGAGAUAUCACAGGCUAACGUCAUCUGCAUAGUUUAUGCUGUUAACAAUAAGCAUUCUAUUGAUAAGGUAACAAGUCGAUGGAUUCCUCUUAUAAAUGAAAGAACAGACAAAGACAGCAGGCUGCCUUUGAUACUGGUUGGGAACAAAUCUGAUCUGGUGGAGUAUAGUAGUAUGGAGACCAUCCUUCCCAUUAUGAACCAGUACACAGAAAUAGAAACCUGUGUGGAGUGUUCAGCAAAAAACCUCAAGAACAUAUCAGAGCUCUUUUAUUAUGCACAGAAAGCUGUUCUUCAUCCUACAGGGCCCCUGUACUGCCCAGAGGAGAAAGAGAUGAAACCAGCCUGUAUAAAAGCCCUCACCCGUAUAUUUAAAAUAUCUGAUCAAGAUAAUGAUGGCACUCUCAAUGAUGCUGAACUCAACUUCUUUCAGAGAAUUUGUUUCAAUACUCCAUUAGCUCCCCAAGCUCUGGAAGAUGUUAAGAAUGUAGUCCGGAAACAUAUAAGUGAUGGUGUGGCUGACAGUGGAUUGACAUUGAAAGGUUUUCUUUUUUUACACACACUUUUUAUCCAGAGAGGGAGACACGAAACUACCUGGACUGUGCUUCGACGAUUUGGUUAUGAUGAUGAUCUGGAUUUGACACCCGAGUAUUUAUUCCCCUUGCUAAAAAUACCUCCUGAUUGCACUACUGAAUUAAAUCAUCAUGCAUAUUUGUUUCUCCAGAGCACCUUUGACAAGCAUGAUUUGGACAGAGACUGUGCUUUGUCACCUGAUGAGCUUAAAGAUUUGUUUAAAGUUUUCCCUUACAUACCGUGGGGGCCGGAUGUGAAUAACACAGUUUGUACAAAUGAAAGAGGCUGGAUAACUUACCAGGGAUUUCUUUCCCAGUGGACGCUCACGACCUACUUAGACGUCCAGCGAUGCCUGGAGUAUUUGGGCUAUCUAGGCUAUUCUAUAUUGACUGAGCAAGAGUCUCAAGCUUCAGCCAUUACAGUAACAAGAGAUAAAAAGAUAGACCUUCAGAAAAAACAGACUCAAAGAAAUGUGUUCAGAUGUAAUGUAAUUGGGAUGAAAAACUGUGGGAAGAGUGGAGUUCUUCAGGCUCUUCUUGGAAGAAACUUAAUGAGGCAGAAGAAAAUUCGUGAUGAUCAUAAAUCCUACUAUGCGAUCAACACUGUUUAUGUAUAUGGACAAGAGAAAUACUUGUUGAUGAGCAACAAGCGGUCCAACAGCUUCCGCCAGGCCAUCCUGCAGGGGAACCGCAGGCUGUGCAGCAAAGCCCUACUGGAGGAGAAAGGGCUGAACCUCUCCCAGCGGCUGAUCCGCCACGUGGCCUACGAGACCCUGCCCCGGGAGAUUGACCGGAAGUGGUACUACGACAGUUACACCUGCUGCCCCCCGCCCUGGUUCAUGAUCACAGUCACACUGCUGGAG